AUGCGUGUGUGCAAAGCUCUUUCUGCGCUGUUGCUUGCUUCGGCGGCGCAGGCAAAGUAUAUUGUUCCUGGUGGGCGAUGGAGGGAUACCGAGGGUAACCUGGUCAAUGCGCACGCCGGCUCCAUUUGGUUCGACAAGGAGUCGUCCAAAUUCUGGCUCUUUGGCGAGUACAAGAUUGAGGGACAAGAAGAGGGUGGUGGCGUCUCUGUGUACAGCUCCGAUGACCUAGGCACAUGGGAAUCGCACGGUCUCGCACUGGAGCCCGUCGAAGGCCACCCGUACAUCUCCACCGAGCACAUUAUCCAGCGCCCGAAGGUCGUUUACAGCGAAGAGGCCGGGCAAUACCACAUGUGGUGGCACGCAGAUAAUUCGACCUACGGCUGGCUCCUCCAAGGCUUCGCGACCUCCGACAACAUCGCGGGUCCAUACGAGUUCGUCGAUGCCGUGGCUCCCCUCGGCAACUGGUCUCAGGAUUUCGGUCUUUUCACGGAUUACAAGGACGGCAGAUCCUACGCUCUAUACUCAAAUGGUGACAGAGCCGAAGGUCGAGACGUAUAUCUUACCAGCUUUAACAGCAACAUCACAGCUCUGGAUGAAGUUAUUUAUCGGUUCCCCAAGUUCGAUCUCGAGGCCCCUACCAUCAUUCAGACAGAUAAAAGUUACUGGGCGUUGAUGAGCCACAAGACUGGAUACCGGCCAAACAACGUCGUUGCAUUCCGCGCCGACGACCUCAGCGGCCCAUGGUCGCAGCCAUUCAUCGUGUCUCCGCUCAACACCCGCACUUUCAACUCGCAGUCUGGCUUCUCCAUCCGCAUUGAGGGGAGCAAGAAGACAACGUACCUCUAUAUCGGAGACCAGUGGGACUCCAACUCUCUAUGGGAGAGUCGUUACAUCUGGCUGCCUGUGGACAUCGACGAGCGUAAGAAGACACUCGAGGUGCAAUGGCACGAUGUUUACGACCUCAACGUUAAAACCGGCGAAUGGAAGGGUGUCAAGGGAACAACCUACAAAGGAAAGAGCGCAAAGACCAGCGGUAAUGCCUACAAGCAGGAAGCUAACUUCGGCACCGACGGCGUCAUCCUGACCGGCAUCUACGGCAACGACAGCACCGUCACUUUUGAGAACAUCGAGGGAACCGGCAAGCCACAAUGGAUAUCCUUUUACUACCAGAACACCGACGACAUGGGCUUUGGCGACCAACCCGGCGGAACCCCCGACCGCAUCGGCGGAAGCUGGCAACUCCGCCGAAUCAGCAGCGUCGUCGUCAAUGGCGACACGCAAAACGUCGAGACCCUGUACCAGCGCGACACGCACAAGGGGAUCAUCCUCUCGACGCCGCUGCAGUUGACGCUGGAGAAGGGGAAGCGGAACACGAUCACCAUUGGUGGGCUGUAUAAUGGGUGGGAUUAUAAGGGGGCGGAUAUUGAUCGGAUUGUGGUUUAUCCGCCUGAGAAAUAG